AUGUCUUCGAACGCAACAUCGAGCAGAGUCACAGCUGAGUCAUCUUCUGCUGGGGCUGCUGCUGGGACCAUGGUCAGUCCAGAUACUUAUGAAGAUGAUCCCUCGGCGCCGUUCCGUUACAACGGUACGAAUUGGGCAGAGUCUGUCCAAAGGACUAAGUCUUCCUCCACCAAUACCUCGAAUCCCGAUGUAACCAUUCGAGCUUUAGAUUUAGAAUCCAAUCGGGCUCUCACACUGUCAGAUGAAGAAAUACGAGCUCACAAUAAACGUAUGAUGGAUACUAUCCAAUCUGGUCAUUCACCUCUGAUCAAUUGGAUGAGAUUCUCACCUCCAGAAUGGGUUGUACCUUAUAACGCGAGUAGACAUGGGGACUCCCAUAUACUCACUAAGCAAGAAGGAGAAGAGAUCGAACUGAAAUAUUGGAAAUAUAAUGAUAACAAAUCUAUGUUGGUCGCUACGUUCACUCUUUUACCUCUGAUGAGUAUAUUUGGGAUGAUCGUAGGUUUUCAAAUAAGCAAAAAUGUAUACGGUUCCUACGAAUAUGAUACGAGUCAUGAUACUACUACAGUCACUCCUACUCCUACUGUUAGUCCUACGAUUACUCCAUCGAUCAUGGAGAUGAACAUGAUUCCCCACGAUCAAAUUACAGUCACUCCUACUGCCACUUCAUCAUCAUUGGACAUAAGUACGAUCCUCCAGGAUCCAAGUCUUACUAUGAGUACUUAUAUGGCUACUGAAACUCAAGGUACUCGCCAUCAAGGUCAAUGA